UGUCCAUCACAUGAUAACAGUGAAGGAGUUUGAGGAUGGAUGGGAUGCAAUGCUGGAGAAGUACUCAUUGAGGAAACAUCCGUACCUGACACAAAUAAAUGAAGUGCGACACAAGUGGGCAAAGCCGUAUUUGAUGGGGUUUUCUUUGCACCAAAAUGACAAGCACCCAGCGCAUCGAGAGUUCUAAUCACCUGCUGAAAGGAUAUGUGUCACCAGGAAGUCCAAUGCAUCUAUUCCUCAGGAAGUACGAGAAGCUCCAGUUCGACAGGGAAUCUGAGGAAAGCUUCCAGGAGAAGCGCACUACUCUGAGUGGUGUUCCUUUGAGGCUAAACAUACCAAUUGAGAGGCACGCAAGUAAAAUCUACACAAGAUCAAUGUUUGAACAAUUCAGUGAGGCACUGUACAAGUCUUUUGCACAUCAGGUUGAUGUUAUAGAACAUCGAAAGGUUUACAAGGUAACGCAUCUCGAUGCGGCAGCUCGGGAGAAAUGGAGCAAAAUUGUUUUUAUUGUCAAUGUGGAUGAUGAGGCGAGGUUCUUUGAUUGUGAGUGUGGCACGUUUGAGCAUUCUGGAAUGGUUUGUUGCCAUUCUCUGAAGGUGAUGAUUGAGUUUCGUUUGGCAAAAAUACCAGAUAAACACGUUGUUAAGAGGUGGACAAGGGAUGCUAGGGAUAUAUUGCUUGAUCACUUAGUGCGGUACCAGAAAGACAGAGGCUCACCAGCGUCCGACACUUUUAGGCACAGCCAAAUGUGGAUCAGGGCCCUGGAGUGUGUGCGCCUUAGCGACAUCAAUGUGAAGUGUUAUGAUGUGUUCAUGGCAAUGAUGAAGGAGGUAUAUGCCACGUUGCUGCCACUUAGCCAUGACAAGGAUGGCAUGGGGCUGGAAGAGAGAGAUGGUGUAGCUAAGAUGGCAAGUGGCACAGCUUGUUCUGAUACAGUUGAACAUGUGAAAGCUUUGGUUGAAGACUGGAGAUCAAUCAUAUUGUUCCGGCAUUGCAGCUGCUAAUUGCAAGCGGGCAUCAGGAAGACCUACUACAAGCAGAGAUAAAGCGCCUUAUGAAGAGAAAAUGAAGAGGUCUCGAUUCUGCAAGAUUUGCCGUAAGGAGGGACAGAAAUGCACCACUUGCCCUGAUCGCGGCGACAUUCCAAAGGCUCCAAGGAAGGAGCCAAAGUUUACCAAAUGUGGAGUAAUCGGACACCGUAGGAAUGUAUGCGGCAAACCUACUGAUCCAUUCGAGCCAAACUUCCUCUAGGAGAAAAAUAUCAUAGUGAUUGGCUUGAUGCCCAAGGACUUUGUAACCCAAAAAAUUAUAUUGCUUCUAUGCGUUGAUAACGGACCAGUCGGUCCAUUCAUGUAUCCAUAACAUUUGAUCCUACUUUUUCGAUGCCGAGAAAUCUUCUUUAUGCAUUGCCAAUUUUUAUA